AAUGUUAUACUCUUCCAUUUUCAUUUUUUCACUUUCAUUUAAUUUUAAAAUUCCACUACAUACAAAAAUCAUCCAACAUGCAAAAAUUAACAAGACUCUAUAACAAGCCAAAAAAAACAUACAAAAUACAAAACGGCUUUAAAAAAUACAGAAAAUUGAAACAGGGUUAGUCUCUAUAGAGGCAGAUUGUUGAUACACUAGGGCAAGCUACGAUUCUGUAUAUAUAAGCUAUAGAACGAAAUAAAAGAAAAAUCAAUUUUAACUUAAUGCAACUAUUAACAGCUAGAAAUGUGAACCAAAGAGUUUAUGUUUUUAUUGGCAGUCUAAGAAUAAAGGACAAAAGGGAAAUUCUCAACUCAUGUACGGUCAACACUCCUAUUUUCUAUUCAAAAGACAUAUUCCACAAGAGUUUAUUGCCUUUCAUAAUGGAACCAAUAUCCUGAAGGUACACCUGCUUUUAGAGCUUGGCUGUCCAACUUCAAAUGUCAUUGUUGACAAAUAUCCCUAACUUAAAAGGAUUUUUGUUUUAUAUCCCUAACAAAUAUCCCUAACUCAUUCUAAAAGUAACCACUCAUUCUUCGUACACAAAAAAGAAAGAAUUUUUAGGAACUUGCUACUCGUACCCAUAAAAUGAAAACCUGUUGUCAAACAUAAGCGACUUUCUGAGAUGGCAACUGAGAAUUUUUUUAAAAUGAUCGAAAACAUACCAUUUACAGAAUAUUUUUUUGUAGCUUCACUGGUCACUGUACGUGUUAGCUGCUCUCUCUUAAAUUCAGACUCUCAAAUUUUAAGUAUUCUUCAGCUUAUAAAGAUCUUUAAUUAUACUGGUCUUUGUUUUCAUUUAUUUGUUGACUAUAAAGUUUUCUUUUCUAAUAAAAUGAAGCAUUUUAACCUUAAUUUUGAUGGUUUUAACGUUGUAGUUGGUAUUUGAUUUUGGCAUAGGGGCUCAUACGUCCUGAAAUCAUGUUUCACGGAUACUGAAGGCAUUUGCCAUGUUGAUUAUAUGACACAUUAAGAGGAAGACGUUGAACAGUGGCAUCUUGUAUCCAACACAGACCAAUGUCGUGUACUUUAUCUUAGCAACCAAACAGACAUAUCAAUGAGAUGCAAAUUGAAUCCUUGCAAUAAUCAAACGAACCAUCCAGUUUAUCAACAUAGAAGCAUUACUAACCUUAGUUCGACCAUUUCUGGAGAAGGCUGGAGCUUUAUCAAGCCUUAAUGUAACUAAACAAGUUAAAAUGCUGGAAAGUGUACAACGUCGUGCCACGAAUCUAGUAAAUAAAAUCAAAGACCAUUCUUUCACUUGAGUACAGAAGAAAACGCAGUUUUAUGCUCUUCGAGUUGAAGCAGAAUAACACAAGAGGAAACAAAUCGAAAUCAUUUAAAAAACGGUGUAACUUAAACAUUCGCAGGUAUUUAAGAAACUAUGUGAUUUAAACAUUUCGCACAAAGAGUUGUUAAAGACUGGAAAAAUUAAACGAAUAAAGUCAUCAACUCUUCGACAGUGCGAAAGUUCGAACAAGCAUACCAUCGGCUAAAAUAUUCGAGCAAAGUUAAGAGAAUUUGGAGGCUGAAGACUGCGAUGAUAUUUGUUGAAAUGAAAAGAAAUUAAGAUGCCACAUCUACAACUGGCCUUACUUUCAGUAUUCUACGGGGAAUAUUUUGGAGUUGUUGGCACAUUGGUGGAAGUAAAGAUGACAACUUAGACAGGAUAUUGUCUAGAAUUGAUGAGAGUUCUGGUAAAUGGUGCAGCAAUUGAAAUUGCCAGAAUUUUCAGCUGACGUAUAUUAUUUGCUUGGUAUUGUAGAUGAACAUAUUCUUAAAUGUGAUUUCGAAGAUAUCCUUUGCCCCGCUGAAUGUGGCAAAAGAGUCGCAAAAAGCCUUUUGGAGAAGCAUGUCAACGAGAAUUGUCCACGCAGGCAAGUCGAAUGCGAGCAUUGCCAAAUGAAGGUGCCCGUUUCAGAACUACAGAGCCAUUACAAUGCAUGCGAGUAUUGCCCUAUAGAUUGCAGCUUUAAUUGUGGUGCUGAAAAGAUACCCCGUAAACUAUUGCAAGAGCAUUUUGAAAAGUAUUGUCCAAAUGCUGAGACUGCAUGUUAUUUCUCAUUUUGUGGUUGCAUGUUUAGGGGGAAGAGGGAGGCCAUAGAGGACCACCUCCGGCAGGAAGCACACCAUCAUCUCAAACUGGCUGCUAAACAUGCCAGCCAGAUGGAAGCAAACAGUGCUAAAUUGCAGAUGCGGCUAGAGCAGAAGGCUUCGGAAGCUGGCAAGUUGGAGGCUCAGGUCAUCUUGCAAGGAAAUGAAAUAAAUGCCUUGAAAGAACAUCAUGCGGGCUUUGAGUCCCAGCUUAAAGCCGUCGAGAAAGAAAUCACGAUUCUGACGCGUCAAGGCAAAGAAAUGGGCGAACGCCUUGUUUUCCUAGAGGGAAAGAGUGGAUCAGCUAUUGUCCAAGAUGUUGAUAAUUUGAAGGAUCAAGCAAGGCAGCUGCAGCUGAAAGCCGACCAAUUGAAACAGUCAGUCAAUGAAGCUGGGGCACAGGUUCAGUUCUCAGACUGGUCAGGUGCCGUUUCCCUACCCUCAGGGAAGUCAAAUGGCAAUGAAGACCUUGACAGACGUAUGGAUAAACUUGAAAAUCAGCUGGCAGUACAAGACGUGCAAAUCGCAGAGCUGAACUUGAAACUGCAAUUGCUAGAGUCGACCUCAUAUGAUGGCAAGCUACUGUGGAAAAUUGACAAUUACAACAGGAGAAAGCAAGACGCGAUAACUGGCAAGACGCCCUCUCUGUACAGCCCUCCGUUCUAUACCAGCCGUUUUGGUUACAAAAUGUGUGCCAGAAUUUACUUGAAUGGCGAUGGGCAAGGUAAGGGAAGUCACAUAUCCCUGUUCUUUGUCGUUAUGAGAGGCGAAUACGAUGCGAUGCUUGACUGGCCAUUCCCCUGCAAAAUCACAAUGAAGUUGCUGUCACAAGAAGGAAAUUCCCAUGUCUCAGAAGCUUUUCGACCGGACCCGAAUUCUUCAAGCUUUCGUCGGCCUAAAUCGGAGAUGAAUAUCGCGUCUGGCGUUCCGCUGUUUGUUAGUCAGCAGAAAGUAGGCAAUGGGGCAUACGUCAAAAGCAACUGCAUCUUUGUCCAGGUCAUCGUCGAUACGUCCACACUGCGAGCCCCUUUUUCCAUUUAAAAUGUAUUGCGUGUUCAGGUUUUGUUGCUUGACCUUCCGCAGAGUACUAAGGGUCAGAAUGAUCGUCAGCAGUGUAGCGAAACAGUGGGUUGUCUUAGUUCAUCCGUAUAUUUCAAGCCAUUGUCAAGUAACAAUUUACAUCCCAAAAAUGUCCCAAAUUUACGAGAGAAAAAAAUCCAAUUUGUAGCUCAAUUUUACAUUUAUCGGCAGAGAUUUCCAUGAAGAGCAGGAAAGGACCAGGGGUUUGGGACCAUUUCGGUCAUGGGUAGUGGGGUGGGGGAGGGGGGGGGUGGUUGUCGUUUGUCAAGGUAUCUAAGCAAAUUCUGUUUCGUCUUGGUUCAUUCGACCCAUCGAUUUAAGAUUCCUGAACACGCAAUAUCUGAAUAUUUUAAUUUAAAUAAAGACUGACUUUUGACUCAAUAGAUUUGAGUGGUAUUUAGAGAGUUUUCAUGUUGCGUAUCUUUUUAUUGAAUUAUGUGUUUGUUUAAAAGGUAUUUGCCGAAUUGUUGUCUAAUGCGAAAAUUGCUUACAGUCUCUAAAAGUGAUUUAUUUCCAACAACUAGACUUCAGUAAAAUUUAUGAAGGAAACUAGGCCUCUUAAAAGCGAGUGGCCAAAAUAAAGUAACUUGAAAUCAUUUCGAUCUAUCUUAUAGUCACGCUAAUUGACAUGAAUUGGAGAAACUUAAUGGGCCUCUCCAGCCAAAUUUUGCACUUGCAUUUUAUUGGCUAAUUUUGCACUUGCAAUUUUGACGUCACAGUGUAUUUCGUUAGUCUCGCCUCAAACCGAAUCGAACGACUGCGAUUCGCAAAUUGAACACUGCAAGUGAUGGUAAUCUCAGUUCUGUUCCACCGGCCUUAAGUUUGAACAUUCCAGAUAUCAAUUCUGAAGUCUUUAGUCGUUCAUCGUUUCUGGGAUUACCAUCACAUCAGUGUCACCAAACCGAAAACUUUUUGUCGGUUAAUUCAAUUCAAUUAUCGAAAUGCAAGAGCUUAUAUCUCAUAAACUGUAAAAAAUAUCGAAAAACAAAUAACGAUAUCUUGAUCAGCAGGUUCAACUUCUUAAGAUUAGCCAAUAAAAUGCAAGUGCAAAAUUUGGCUGGAGUGGCCCUUUAAUGCUUCAUCCAUCUUUGAAAUGCUGCAUGGCAAUGUAUUGCUUUUCAAUGUUUGCUAGAGUAACAACGAAUAAGAUUUGAGUCACUCACAAUUCCCGAGUACUUGCUUCUAAGUUUACAGAUUUGCUACCUAUCUGUAUUUGCAAUACGCUUAAAUAUUGCUACUUUAAGAUCUCCAAGGCGCUAAAUUAGUGCAGAUCUCUAAAGGUGCUUAAUUAUCAUCAACUUUACUAUUGUAUUUGUUAAUAACAUAAUAUGGAGCUCUCCCGAAA